CAUCGCUCACACCAUUCACACCACUGAUCACUGGAUCCGAUGGACCACUCACUGCAGGCCAGCGACCAGUCCUUCGACGCCAUCGCCACUAACAUUGUGUUUGACAAACAAAUACCUGUUUAUGGCUACCAAUCGAAGGAUCAGUUGAUGAAAAGGGAGCGACAAUUGUCUAAAUUCUUCAAAUGCUGUCCAAACGCGGCCACCGAUGACCUCAACAAUGGCACCAAUGAGUGCUUCUUCGCCACUAACGACGCCAAAGAGUUUGCCCAACACUUACAGCGCUGUCACCAAAAGGUUUGCUGUAUUUAUUGUCUUCUCGAGAGUCGCCUCCGAAGCGGUGACUCCGGAGCCGACGUCGAGCUCGAAGUGGAUGUCUUUGAGACCACCGAUUGUCAGUCACUCAUCGAUCAUAUGAUUCAAACCCAUGGAAAGCGUGUCUAUCAAUGCAAUCGAUGUCUGUAUCGGGCCAUCACUUGCGGUCACAUUCAGAUGCAUCAGAUCUCAAGACACACUCAAAUCUGGUCUGAACACAAUUCUAAGCUUAAGAUUGAUUCGUUGGAAGAGCUAAAUGAAGACAUUUGUAAGAUAAUUGUCUGUAAAGACAUCGACACCGAUUCAAUAGUGGAGCCGUUGUCUUGGAUCUCGAAAUUGUCACCCGAUUUGGACACACUUUUAGACGACGACAAACAUCCCGACUUCGCAAUCAGUGUCUAUAAUAAAGAGUUGGAAGAUAUCUAUGCGUUGGACGACGAGAUUAGUGACGAAUCAGAUGCGGUGGCCGUCGUCUCAGACGAUGACAGCAGCGAUAUUAGCGAUUCGGACGUGGAGUGCGAGGCAAACACUGGUCCCAAACCGGCGACCGUCCCGUUCAAGACUCAGUGCACCACUGAAUGCAUGCCUGAUAUACCGGGCCUUUCGGACGAUUUCUUGGCUCCACGACAACUGCCAACUAAACGAAGGCUUCCCUUCAGCGGCAAUAGAAGGCCUCCUAAACCGUAUAACGAAUACACUGAAUAUCGUCCGCCAGUGGCCACACCUAAUGUCUCACAAUUCGCGUCCAAUCCCGACACAUUUGAUAUGGAUUUUUCCCGUCCCAUAACACCCAUUACUCCCAUUCCUUUGACAUCCACUCCUGUGAACAGAGUUCCGAUACAACAUAUGAAUCAUAUUAUCAAUAAAUCAACGAAUAAAAAAUCUCCCAAAAAGUUUAUAGACCACGACUGUCCUAAACCACAGGACCCGCCAUUAGUAACCGGCUAUAGAGCCCAUAAACUUCAGAAAUACGGAACAUUACAUGUGCCGAACAAACGUAAAAACAAACACAAAAACAAACACAACUCAACGCCAAACAAUCCGUCGACAAUCUCUACCGAUGAGAUCUCUUCCGAGAACGUGAUUGACGUCGGCAUGAUUUACGGGGAUUUACAUACGGGUUCCGAUGACGAGACGUCCACAAGAACUCCCUCUUUUAAAGUGAUUAAAAGAGUUGGCGUUCAGACGCCUAAAGGCAAGUCCAAGACUGCGGCCUUCACUUAUGUGCCGCGAAGAGACGAGUCCGACGAUUACGUGAAUCUCGUCAAUGAGCCUACGGUUCCGAAGCGGGGACUGAAAGCUCGGUUUGAAAAUCAGCAUCACUUCCAACUCAUUAUUCCGGGCGUUUCCGACCAAAAGCUUAAACACAUGUAUAAAUGCGUUCUCUGUCCACACGCGGCUCCCUUUCAUCAGACCAAUCGAGUCAAUCACUUACGCACCGAACAUAACAGCGACUCUUCGUUU